CCUCUCCUCUCAGUCUCUCACCUCUCUUCUCUCUCUCUCUCUCUCUCUCUCUCUCUCUCUCUCUUCCCGUGACUCCUUCACCAUGCAAAGGCAGUCCCUCGGCUCACCGCUGUCGAAGCUCCAUCAGGCCCACGGCGGCGGCGACACUCUCAUCCAUCUCGACGACAAGCGCUCCAAGGACAUUUUAGCCUUUUCCGCCUCCUCCUCCGCCACAGACUUCGACGACGACAAAGCAAUAAAGCCUCACCGACUGUCGUCACCACCGCCCGUCGCUCCGGACAAAGUCAUCCACGUCAUCCCUAUCCUCACCGUCCUCUGCUUCCUCAUCCUCUUCCUCUUCUCCCACACCCCCUCCCCUUCAGAUUUGGCUCAGUUCAAUGGCUUCACCAGACUACCUGCGGCAAAGCGCAUAGAUUCUGUUGGCGACGAAAUCGGUGUCGUCGGCGGCGGCGACAUCCGACGAUUUAUUGAUAUCCGGAAGAGCGAUGUUCUGGCGAUCCGGAGCCUGAGGGAGCUGGGAUCAGAAACCCGGAAACUCGCCCCGAGAUCUCGCUCCCACAGAAAACUCGCCGAUUUUUAAGCCGCAUUCCUUGGUUUGUCUCUCUCCUCUAGAACUCUACCGUCUUCUUCCUCCAGUCCCGUACUCUGGUCCAGUGGUCCUCCGGCCACUAGCGGAGUCUCGCACGUGCGACGCUCGUCAAUUUUUUCUUUCGCACGUGAGUUCUAAAUUGCAGGACACCUUUAUUUAGGCUCUAGUUUCCUUAUUUUAAUUGUUUUUUUUUUUCUGUAAACGAUAUUGUUAUAGUGGAAAUAUUUCGACCAAUUUAAUUCGUAUUUAUAUUGAAUUAACUUCUUUUUAACAAGGUUCGAGUGUGGCGUACGCUAAUGGGGCGUAAAUUAGUGGGACGAGGUUAAACGUGCGCCUAGUGGGUGACAGCUGGAGGUUCGUACUCGACCGUUAACUGCACCUCGAGUUUUGGUCGGAAUUUGCCAGCUGGAAAUGAUUGUGUGCCCACGGGUGGAGAGCGAGUGCGCUCCCCUCUCUAUUAAUGUUACCGCCGUGUGCAUAGAUUUUCCGUGAUGCCUUCUCCGUCUGUAACGUUUCAUAUAUGGAUUAAUUAAUCAAAUUAUGGAAAGAAGAAAUUUCUAAUAAUAUGGGGAGCACUGAAUUCUAUGA